CACACUCGAUGAUGCUCCCAUGUGUGAAAGAGACAGAGAAGAUGGACGACAUAGACACCAUGUUCAGACAGCUGCUCGAAGAGAUAGAUCAUCUCUCUGAGAGUGUAUUGCCUGCAGAAGGGGACCCAGGCUCACAGACAGACAGCACCUUCUCCAUUGGCUUCACAGACCUAAAUGAGUCUCUUAAUGAACUGGAGGACCACGACCUGGAUGCUCUGGUGGCUGACCUUGGGUCAAAGUCAACCACCUCAGAUGGGCGACUCCCUGCAGAUCAACAGACCAGCAGCUGUGCAGCAACUUCAGCAAUGUCUCGGGAACCUGAGCCAACAGCUGCGCUUCCUCCACCAUCGAACCCUGCUGAAUCCUCUGAAGGGCUGCAUAUGAGCGAACCCCAGACAAAAGCAGAGAAAAUUAAACUGGCUCUGGAGAAGCUGAAAGAAGCCAAAGUUAGGAAGUUGAUAGUCAAGGUGCUGAUGAGCGACGGCAGCUCCAAGACACUGAUGGUGGAUGAGAGACAGACUGUCCGAGAGGUUUUGGACAAGCUGUUUGAGAAGACACACUGUGACUGCAGCAUCGACUGGAGCCUGUGUGAGACCAACCCUGAGCUGCAGAUAGAAAGAGGAUUUGAGGACCAUGAGCACUUAGUGGAGCACUUGUCUGUGUGGACUCGCUUCACUGAAAACAAAAUCUAUUUAGUUUCAAGACCUCAGAAGUAUUUGAUGUUCACUGACCCUCAGGUAUUUUACAUGUGGAAAAAGAAGAACGCAUGUUUGAGUGGGAUUAACGAGCAAGCCAAACAGCUCUUACUCAAGGAGCAUUUUGGAGGUUCCACUCAGAUUGUUCCUGAUCUUGAGGGCAAGCUGUACCUAAAGGAAGUUGGGAAAAAGCUUUGGAAACCUCUCUACUUCAUGCUCAGGGCCUCAGGCAUUUACUAUGUACCCAAGGGAAAGACAAAGGCUAUCAGCGAUCUCAUCUGCUUUGUUCGUUUGGAAAAAGUCAACAUCCACACCACCAACAACUACAAACAGAAAUACAGAGCUCCCACCGACUUCUGCUUCAUAAUAAAGCAUCCCUGCAUCCAGAAAGAGUCGCACUACGUCAAGUUCCUGUGCUGUGAUGACGAACACACACUGCUGCUUUGGGUAAACUCCAUCAGAAUAGCCAAGUAUGGGACGGUCCUGUACAAGAACUACCAGGCUGCAAUGAAGAGAGCCUCCAGUUUGCAACCUCUUCACUCUGCUGCACACAAAGGCAGAUACAACAGCCCACAGACAGUUCCAGCUCCACCCAAAACCACAAAUUUUGAGGACAAUCCACAUGAGGCACCACCUGACUUCAUCCCGCCUCCUCCUCCUCCUCCUCCUCCUCCUCCUGCACAAUAUUGACACAUCCUCCCCUCCUUCAACCUGGCUUAAGCCCGUU